AUGAAACUGGUUGGAAAGAAUUUAUGGGAUUUACGCGUUGAACGUCCUCAACAACGCUUCUCACUGAACACAGCACUUAAAGCAGCCGAACAAUGUCUGGAAAGUAUUGAACAUCUACAUAAAAUUGGUUAUCUUCAUCGUGAUGUUAAACCUGGAAAUUUUGCAAUUGGAAGACAGGAGAAUAAUGAACAUCAUACAAUAUUUAUGCUCGAUUUUGGCUUGUGUCGUCAGUUCAGCACGGCAGAAAAGGACUUACGAUUACCACGUGAAUCGGCACCAUUCCGAGGUACAACACGAUAUGCGUCAAUGACAGCAUUACGACAAAUGGAGCAAUCAAGAAAAGAUGAUGUUGAAUCGUGGUUCUAUGUUACUGUCGAAUGGACGGCUGGUUCAUUACCGUGGAAAAAAUUACGGGGACCAGAUAAGGAUGAGGUACUGCGAUGGAAAGAAGAAGUGAGGGAUGGCGAAGCGUUAAAUGAUUUCCUGAAAGAAUGCCCGAAGAGAGAAUUCUCAACGAUUCUAGCCUACAUUGAUACUCUUGAAUACGAAAGUAUUCCUGAUUACGAUCAUAUCUAUUAUUGUAUACAACAUGCUGCUAAGACGAAUGGUAUAGCUUUCGAUGAUCCUUUAGACUGGGAUCCAUUCAACAAAUAUCACGGACCAAUAAUUGACCUGAAAGCGCGCAGUAAGAUGGAUGAAAAAGAUGCAUCUAAUGACAAGGAAAAUGACAAGGAAAACAAUGAACAUAAUAAAGAGAAAGUGAAAAAUGAAGAAAUCGAUCAUCAACAAAUACAAACGUAG